AUGCCCGCGCCGCUUCCACCGCUCCCGCCGCCGCGCCGGAAGCCCCGGCGCGGCCGCGCGCCCGAGGAAGCCGGCCCCUCUAGGCCCCGGAGGACUCCACUCACUGGUGCGCGCUCGAGGCCGGGCGAGGCGGGCACCGCGGCUCUCUCCGCCCCGCGACCCCCGGUCCCGCCGGCGGCCAGCGUCCCCGCGGCUGCGUCGUGGCUUUACUCGCAGCUCGGUGCUUCCGGGAGCCCAGAACUUGGAGAAAAAACUAAGUUCCAGACUUUGCACUGCCCAGCAUCAAUCUCCACUCUGUCCCACCACCCACCUCCUCCCCUCCCCUCCAGUUCCUGUAGAGUCCCUUGGAAGCUGUGGCAUUGCAGAUGGUUAAGAAUGGUGAGACGGUGGAAUGAGAUGGACAUCGUUACCCUAYGUGCAUGUACGAAAACACGAACGCAUCCUCCAUACGGUUUCAUCCAGGUGCUUCAUAAGCACUAGAAAAAGAGGACAGCAAGGGACUCUGACA